AACUAUUCUGCGCUCAAAUAGUACAAUUUGUUCAACAACAAUAUUGAUAAGAGAUGGGCAGCUCAUAUUCCUCUGGAAUACCGCAUUUAACAGCGGAUAUUCACACAAGUGAUGGCAAGGAGUUUAAAAUAUCAUACCAUGCUUUAGUUGAUCAUAUACUAUUGCUGCGUCAAGUAAUCAAGCAUUCUGAAAUAUGGCAGCAAGAAAAAAAGUUGAAUAGUUUUAUUAAAGAUUAUUGUAGACGUAUGGCGUAUCAAGCAUUUACAACUCGGCGUCAACAACGAAGGCUUCCAUGGGAAAUCGAAUGGAUCUGGCAUGUUCAUCGUCUGCAUCCAAUUGCUUAUAGCAAUGACUGUAUUAAUCAACUACCAGAUCAUAAAGUUGUGGAUAAAAAUUACACAAGAUUAAGAAUGAAAAAACAUCAACAUUAUCAUUCGUUUGUGCCGUUCAAAUCUAUAAAACACCGAUCUACAUUUAUUCCAUCGCUUGAUCUGGCAAGCGCUGUACUUCGCCAAAUUGAUUUCCUACAAAAAUUUCAGAAACAUAAUCUGUUUUCAAUGAAUUUGCAGAAGAUGAACAGAGAUUCGUUUGAAAAAAUGGUACAGAAUUAUGUUUCAUUUGUGAAGUUAGCUAACAACAAUGGAAUUAUUGUACCAACAUUUGAAAUUGAUUUGAUAUGGCAUACAUAUAUGAGAUUUCCCUCAAGUUAUCAAGAAACUUCAAUAGCCUUAUGUGGCUUUCUUCUUAACCAUGAUGAUUCUAUUGAAGACAACGUACUAACUGACGGUUAUCAGAAAACAGCUGAUCGAUGGAAGUCGACUUAUAAUGUAGAUUAUGGUAAAAAUAUUGAUAGAGAUGAACUAAAAACAUCACAAUAUCUCAGCUCCUGUGCAAUGAUAAUAGCACCGAUUUUUACAUAUCCACCAAGUGGCUAUGUAAGUAAUGGUGGAAAUGAUAUUGGCGCUAGCAAUGGUGGUGGUGGUGGUGGUGGUGGUGGCUGUGGAGGUGGUGGUGGUUGCGGUGGUGGUUGUGGUGGUUGCGGUGGAGGUUGUGGUGGUUGUGGGGGAUGA